AUGUCGAGCUGGAAAGAGCGGCACAAAUCCUUGCAACAGUCAUUAAUCGACCUUUCCGUUUUCCAUGCAAGCUCCACCGUUGCCCGUGCAGGGUCCGCCACACAACACCAACAUCACCAGCACGUUGUCCAACCUCCUUUGUUGCAAACACACUUCCCUAGGGAGGCUUGCAUUGCUGUAACAACAUCCUUUACCGUGUUUCCUACUCCGGUACCGAGGUUACAUUGCGUGCUCGUCUCGGUAGUCGGAUUCGUGGAAUACCAGCAACGGGCUCGAAGCUGUUUUGGCUCAUUACUCGUCUCGUAG